CGUUUGACAUCCAAGACGUGUCCUGCAAAUGCGACGAGAUGGGAGCUAACGCUGGCUAUCUUUUUAAAAUCCCAGCACUCGCCUCCUCACAGCUUCCAUAGCUACCUCUACAGUCUUUUCCCGGCGGGUGAAUCAACGUUAUAGCCUCGUAAAAAAAGCCUGUUUUUUAAAAAAAUAUAUAUUUAUCGUGUCGGAGGCUUCAAGCUGCAGUGAAAAUGGAUUGAUCCAUGCUGCUAAAGAAGGAGAAGAAGAAGAAGCAGCCAGGAAUGGAUUGAGGUGCGGGAAGCUAGCGUUAGCCGGCUAGCCAUGGAGGGAGACAGAGGAGCUUGUGACUUUGUGCUGUUAGUCUGCGUGAAAUGAGUUGAAAUUAGCCGUCCACCGUCCACAAAAAAACAAAAAACUAUCCAGUCGACGCAUGGAAAUGUUGUCAAAGUGCGCCAGUGCUAUGCUGCGCACACGCCCUGAAUAUGUCAGCUGCCCUGCACAUACCGCAGACACCCAGUUGGCUGUCAGAACAUAGAUCCCAUUAUACACUGAAGACUGGAUUUCUCACCUCCCUAAUAUGCUGAAGCUAGAUCAUUUUAGAGAUUUUAAUAUCAGUCUUUUAUCUCAGCCAGAUCUAGUUUUGGAGAUUUAAAAGAUUCAGAUUGGACUUCUAAGUUGCAGUGGAGUGAGUAGUAGGCGGUCCCCCCCCCCUCUCAGUUGUAUGGGCUGUAGCAGGACUGCUGUAGGUCAACCAUGGGAGGCUCGGUGUCCUGCUGCAUCUCUCCAGGGGAGAGUCCCAAGAUCCACAGGCGAGAGGUGGAGCUGGAGGAGUGUCCCAUCACCACCACGGAGGACGUGAGCGAAGACACCGGGACCUACCUGCAGCACAUCAGCGACCGGGAGCUCCCUGACGAACUGGCCCAAGAGGCCAACCCAUCGGACCACCCGAGAGCCAGCACCCUCUUCCUGAACAAGUCGCAGACAGACGUGCGUGAGAAAAGGAAAAGCAACUACUUGAAUCACAUGUCCCCGGGGGUCCUGACUAAAAAGUACAGCUCCUGCUCGACGAUAUUCAUCGACGACAGCACGGUCAGCCAGCCCAACCUCAAGAGCACGAUCAAGUGCGUCGCGUUGGCGAUAUACUAUCACAUAAAAAACAGAGAUUCAAACCGCUCGCUGGAUAUAUUCGACGAGAAGAAGCACCCUCUAUCGCGAGAAAAGGUUCCAGAUGACUACUCUGUGGUCGACCCCGAGCACAAACUCAUCUACCGCUUCAUACGAACGCUCUUCAGCUCUGCACAGCUCACUGCUGAGUGCGCCAUCGUCACUCUGGUGUACCUGGAAAGACUGUUGACAUACGCUGAGAUGGAUAUCUGUCCGUGUAACUGGAAGCGAAUUGUUCUCGGUGCCAUUCUGCUGGCCUCCAAAGUCUGGGACGACCAGGCAGUGUGGAAUGUCGACUACUGUCAGAUCCUCAAAGAUAUCACAGUGGAGGACAUGAAUGAGAUGGAGCGCCACUUCCUGGAAUUGCUCCAGUUCAACAUCAACGUCCCAGCCAGCGUCUAUGCCAAGUAUUACUUUGACCUGCGCUCACUGGCUGACGACAACAACCUCAGUUUCCCUCUGGAGCCGCUGAGCAACAAGCGGGCCCAGAAACUGGAGGCCAUCUCCAGGCUGUGCGAAGACAAGUACAAGGACCUGAGUAAAGCUGCUAUGAGGAGGUCUAUCAGCGCAGACAACCUGGUUGGCAUCAAGAACGCUCAGGCUGUGCUGUCUUAAGUCAGCGACGGCCAUCUUGCGUACGGCGAGGAGGUGGAGCAACGAGCUUAGAGUGACACUACAGUCAGGAAGUCAGAUAGCAGUUGCCAAGAGACAUUUCCGAAGUAGAUUAAUAUCAGUAACUGACAAGUUCAUUUACAAUUUCAAUGUCAACGUUGGGGAGAAACAAAGACCAGAAGUUUACCAUUCAAUAUCACUUAAAUAUAAUGAAUCCAGUCGUUACGUGUUCAUUACAAGGAACUUAAGCUAUCAGCCUUUAAAGCAUGGUAAUUUGGUGAAAUAUUUUGCAGAUUGUCACUUUUUUGUUUUUGUUUUCAAAUGAUGGAUGUGUAACUUUGGAAGGAAUCCGCAUGAAAAUGCUUCCAGAAGUCACAAAAUGAGGACCUCAUCUUCUUCUUUCAUUAUUUUUUACAUCAGCUGAUCUUUUGAGGAGUACUUUCUCUGGCUUCUGGCCUCAUCUCUCGACCAGCCUUGCCCCCACUCCUUUAUUCACACGAUGACAAACUGUCUUGAACUACCCUGUGGUGUAGUUCUGCACAUGGACAAAGAGUAGACUUUGUUUUGCUUACUAUGUAGGCCCCUAUAGCUGUGAAAUGUACGAGACUUUAUUUAAAUCAAAUAAAUUUCAGUCGCUGUUUAAAGUC